CCGCCGCCUCAGGCAGUGCGCUCGCGACACUCGAUCAGCGACACACACCGUAUACCACACGCGACUCUGCCACCUGCUCGCAGCCAUUACAGACGUCGUAGUCUUCGUCAGAUAACCGAUUUUCACCGUUCGAACGAUUAAACGAAAAAACAAAUAUUAAUACAAACCGAAAUAAUACAAACGACAUUUAUUCAGAUAUCGAUGAGCGCACAUUAACCGCAAAGUCACGGCAGUGUAUUCGUAUGGUAUAACUGUCGUCGUAGCCGGUUUGGUGUUUAUUAUUUUUUUUUUUUCCAACUGACCGAACGAUGGAGGACAAGCCGGCUGGCGUCGUCGACCGCGCUCAAACCGAACGGAUCGCUGACGGAAAGAAAACGAGCACCGUCGGCAGUCAUCGUCGUCCGGAAGAGGAACGAGUCGCCGGCGGCGGCAGCGGCGGUGGUUCUGAAGACCGGCGCGUACCGGAAGAAGACGGCGACCGCAAAGGUCGGGAAGGCGGAAAAAGUCUAGGUGCCAGGCCCGCAGACGGGCGAUCGGCCGGCGGUCGUACCGGUGAGCAGAAGACGAUCAGCGUCAGUUGGUCGGGAGAAGAGCGAAUCGUUGACGAGUUGCCGAUAGAGUGGGAAACCGGCGACGAAUGCGCGCGAGAUUGGCAAACCGCCGACGACCAGCCCGAGGCCGCCGCGUACACUAACGACGAGGACGUUCUGCCGCACUUGAUGGUCAGCGACGAACCGCGGUAUAGAGACCAAAUGGUACAGGUGCCCAUCUCACGUUUGCCGAGCAACACCAAGAGAUGCGUGCUCACGAUGGACGGGUAUUCGUACGUGAUCGUUGAACUACCAUCUUAUGGAGUGGCAGGCCCACCAGACUCGGAAGAUCCGUUUGACGGAAAUAGAGAUGAUCCGGUGUUUAUGGAUACGAACGAAGGCGCUAGUAACACACAGGACUCAGAUCAAAAUUCGAGACAAGGUGCAUUGACAAUUGUCCGCCGAAGCAGUCAGAAGAAAAGCACUUAUUCGGAAGAAUAUAGUAUGGCCUUGUCAAGAGAAAACGAAUCGAUGUUAGACGAAGUAGAUCUUAGUCUUGAAGGAAUGCCAUCAUUUGACUCAUCGGAAGCUGUUGAUAAAGCAGCACUCAGAUUACGUUGUCUUUUGCGCCACUUGAGGAAAGGAGAGAUAUCGGCCGAAGUAUUACACAAAAAUUUAUUUUUCGCUGCUAAAGUAUUGGAAUCAGCAUUUCUGGACGAGGAGCAAAUUAAUUGCGAUAUGAAAAAUAGCCAAGAGGAAAUGGAGGAAAUUUCGAAAUCACCAGUACCGUCAACUUCAUCGGCCGCUGCAACUACUUCGCCAGUUAUUCGACAAAAACGACUCCGUGCACCCAUAUGGGCAAGACGAUUGGCUGCCGAGGAGGACGACGAACUUUCGGAAGUGCAACCGGACGCGGUACCACAAGAAGUUAGAGAUUGGCUCGCGUCUACAUUCACUAGACAAAUGGCUUGCACAAGGCGCAAGGGUGAGGAAAAACCCAAAUUUAAGUCGGUCGCACACGCCAUUCGUGCUGGAAUAUUUGUUGACCGUAUGUAUCGCCGAGUGAUCAACGCUCCAAUGAUGACAUUUCCACCAGACGUUAUUGAAGUGCUAAAGGACUUGAACGAUUGGUCAUUUGACGUGUAUAAACUGGAUAAUUAUGGAAAUGGACAACCAAUCAAAUACUUGGGAUAUGACUUGCUCAAUCGCUAUGGAAUAUUUCAAAAAUUUAAAGUUCCAUCGGUAGUCAUGGAGAACUUUUUAUGCAGAAUUGAAGAAGGCUAUUCAAGACAUAAAAAUCCGUACCAUAACAAUUUACAUGGUGCUGAUGUCGCACAAACUGUGCAUUAUAUGCUUUGUCAAACUGGACUAAUGAAUUGGCUAAGUGAUUUGGAAAUAUUCGCAAUGUUAAUUGCUGCUAUUACACACGACUUUGAACACACUGGAACAACAAAUAACUUCCAUGUUAUGUCUGGCACGGAGAUUGCCUUAUUGUAUAAUGAUCGUGCUGUAUUGGAAAAUUAUCAUAUCAGUUCCACAUUCAGAAUAUUAAAAGAUGAGGACUGUAACAUAUUACAAAAUCUUACCAAAGAAGAAUUCCGUGAAUUCCGUACACUUGUCAUAGAUAUGGUAUUGGCAACUGAUAUGAGUUUCCAUUUUCAACAAUUGAAAACUAUGAAGAGUCUUUUAGCAUCGCCAGAGCCAACAAUCGACAAAUCCAAAGCAAUGUCGAUGGUAUUACAUUGUGCUGAUAUAUCACAUCCAGCCAAAGAAUGGGAUUUGCACUAUAGAUGGACAAGCCAAUUGUUGGAGGAGUUCUUUUUACAGGGAGACAUGGAGAAAAAGUUGGGACUCCCAUUCAGCCCGUUAUGUGACAGAAAUAAUACACUAAUUGCUGAGUCACAAAUCGGGUUUAUUGAGUUCAUCGUUGAACCUAGUAUGGCAGUGUGUAGCGAUAUGUUGGAAUUAAUUUUGGGUCCAAUCAAUUUGGUUAAUCCACCCCGAAGCAUUUCUAAUUUUGUGGUUGACGACAAUGACGAAAAAGAAGAUAAAUCAAACCAAUCAGACGUAGCUAUCGCGUGCACAGCAAUGAGUUGCAGUAUCGAAGACAGAAAAGAUAUAAAAGACAACAAAAAUGUCGAAGUUAAAAAUGAUACUAAUGAUAAGAAAGAUGUCAUAGAUACGAAAGAAACCAAAGAUAUUGAAAGUACCAAAGACACUAAUGACUCGGAUUCUAUAAGCGCGGCAGUAAAAGUCGAAGAAACGUCUGAUAAAGAAUCAAAACAGGAAACAAACGUUGAAAAUCCCCAAACUAGCAAUAAGUUAUAUAAAAUCAAGAAACCGUGGAACGAUUGUUUGGUCAUAAACAAAACAAAGUGGAAGGUCCAAGCAGCUAGAGAAGCAAAACUGAGAGAAUCAAAGACCAAAUAUACAAUGCGUGACAUCAGGAUGCCGCUUCCUGAUGAAAUUAUACAAGACGAUAACAAACCAUCAUCAGCAGAUGUGGAGAAAAAUGAUUAAAUAUCCAUAUUGCUGUUUGAUUUUAGCCAUAAUUUUUUGCCUAUUGACGUGUAAUUAGAUCCUAGAUUUGUAAUUUAGAAAUAUUAGCAUUAUAUGUUGUAAAUAUUUAUCAGAGGUACUCUUCAUAAAUUUUAGACAAUUUAAAAUUAGUUUUUUAAAAUAUAAGCUCACUUUAAAAUA